GAUUGAUCAUUUCGGUUCAGUUGCGCAGAUACAGAGAGUACUCCAGUGCCUCUCUCUCUCUCUCUCUCUCUCUCUCUCUCUCUCUCUCUCUCCAAUUCGACCACCUGGAGAGAAAAACUUUAGUAGCAGGAAAGGAUGCUUCUGUUGCACAGCUCGCGCCCAUGGAUUUCGCCUCGAAUUCCGAGUGCGAACCAAAUUUCUCGUCCUCCUCAGAGAAAAACGAUCCCUUGCCCAUGUUGGCGGAUGAAGUAUUCAGAAUUACGUGUGAGUAACCUACUGUUAAACAGUGAAGGAAAAUGGGACGCCAGUUUUCAGAGGACCUGUAAUGAGUUAAAUUCCUCUAGAAGCUUCAAUGUGUCAGACACCUUUCACUCUAAUCACUUCAGAGAGGACCCAAAAAAGAGUAUGCAGGUACAGGGUCCCUACACUAUGCUCCUGAUUGCAUCUGUCUCAUCUUAUUUCCUCCUCAAGAUGGUGCAAGUUAACUUCAUCAAAACAUUGAUAAAUGGGGCCUGGGAUAGGCUUUUCUCGUUUGCGGGUACAAGUUUGCCAUUUGCUUGUGUGUCUAGUUCCUUGAAUAAACCUACGCCUCUUGGUUUGGAUUUGUCUAUGCCCUCGUUGCAAGAUAUUAAGUGGGGCUUUGCAAGGUUACUUUACCUAUUCAACAUCCAACUUGAGAGGAAUGUUGCCACGUUCUUUGUUGUGCUCCUUGUAGCAUGCUUCUCAUUUGUUAUGAUUGGCGGUUUUCUCUUCUACAAGUUCAGGAGUAGUGAGCAACCUCUGGAGGACUGCUUCUGGGAUGCUUGGGCAUGCUUGUGUUCAUCGUCCUCUCAUUUGAAACAACACACUCGAGUGGAACGCGUCCUUGGUUUUGUUCUUGCUAUAUGGGGAAUACUAUUCUACACCCGUCUUUUGAGCACAAUGACAGAACAGUUUAGGAAUAAUAUGGAAAAACUAAGAGAAGGAGCCCAAAUGCAAGUUCUGGAGGCUGAUCAUAUCAUUAUUUGUGGAGUUAACAGUCAUCUGAACUUCAUACUAAAGCAGUUAAAUAAGUAUCACGAGUUUGCCAUUCGCUUAGGUACUGCUACAGCUAGGAAGCAGAGAAUUCUUCUUUUGUCUGAUCUUCCAAGGAAGCAAAUAGACAAGAUAGCUGACAGCCUUGGCAAAGAUCUUAAUCAUAUCGACAUCCUUACAAAAAGUUGCAGUCUGAGCUUAACAAAAUCAUUUCAAAGGGCUGCGGCUGAUAAGGCACGAUCCAUAAUUAUAUUGCCAACCAAGGGAGAUCGAUAUGAAGUUGACACCGAUGCAUUUCUCUCGGUACUUGCUCUUCAACCUCUUCAAAAAAUGGCUUUGGUACCCACCAUUGUUGAGGUUUCAAACUCCCGGACGUGUGAGCUCCUAAAGUCAAUCUCAGGAUUGAAAGUAGAGCCUGUGGAAAAUGUUGCUUCCAAAUUAUUUGUCCAAUGCUCUCGGCAAAAUGGCCUUAUAAAGAUUUACAGGCACUUGCUUAAUUAUCGAAAGAAUGUAUUCAACCUCUAUAGCUUUCCUAGUCUUGUGGGGUUAACAUAUAGGCAAGUAAGACGUGGAUUCAAAGAGACAGUUGUUUGUGGUCUUUAUCGAGGAGGGAAGAUAUACUUCCACCCCAAUGAUGACGAAGUUCUACAGCAAACUGACAAAGUGUUGUUCAUUGGGCCUGUUCAUAAGAAGAAACCUCAGCUUGCAUAUCAAGAUGUUGUCCAAGAAGACAAUAAGAUUGCAAAUGAUGUUGGAGUUCAAGACAGGAACAGUGAAUCUCCUAAUCACUUUUUAGAGACGACGAAGAGGCGUCUGGAAAAUACAGUGAAGCGUCCCACCAAAUCAGGUUCAAAGGCUUCAGAGUGGAGUCUAGGACCAAAAGAAUGCACUAUGCUUGGGUGGCGCCAUGAUGUUGUUGAGAUGAUGCAAGAAUAUGAUAAUUAUCUUGGACCUGGCAGUGUAUUGGAAAUAUUGUCAGAUGUGCCAAUGGAUGAUAGGAAAAGGGCAAACAACAUAGCUGGUCUAGGCAAGCUUAAAAAUGUCCGGGUUUCUCAUAGGAUUGGCAACCCCUUGGACUAUGAUGUCGUAACAGAAACCAUAACUGAUAUCCAAAAACAUUUGAACAAAGGCGAAGAUAAUACCAUGUCAAUUGCUGUAAUAUCUGACAGAGAUUGGCUACUUGGAGAUCCAUCUAGGGCCGACAAGCAUUCAGCGUAUUCCCUUCUUCUUGCUGAAAAUAUUUGCAACAAACUCGGAGUAAAGGUUCAAAAUCUAGUUGCAGAAAUUGUCGACUCCAAAUUGGGCAAACAAAUUACAAGAAUAAAGCCGGCCCUCACUUAUAUUGCCGCAGAGGAAAUAAUGAGCCUUGUGACAGCGCAAGUGGCAGAGAACAGUGAACUGAAUUGUGUUUGGAAAGACAUUCUGGAUGCCGAGGGUGAUGAAAUUUAUGUGAAGGAUAUUGGCCUCUACAUGAAGGAAGGAGAGAAUCCUUCUUUUGCUGAGUUAUCUGAAAGGGCAUAUUUACGUCGGGAAGUUGCCAUUGGCUACAUGAAGGACAAUAAGAAGGUUAUAAACCCAGUACCCAAGUCAGAGCCUCUCUGCCUCGGACCAACUGACUCGUUGAUUGUAAUAUCCGAGCUUGAAGGAGAACAACCCAUUGUUGUGUAAAUAGUCUACCAUUAAGUUUUCAUGCAUAAUUGCUCCUGCUUCAGUUAAUUUUUCAGUGUAAGUUUCAUUUAUUCUGGCUGAACUGUAAAAUCGAUGAUCUGAACACUUGUUCAUAUAACUUUUGCUUAGCUAGAAGCUGCACCUUGUCCGAA